AUGGAAGAAAAAACCUCAAUUAAAGGUGGAACUGUGUGUGCAGUGCCUGGAUGUCAUAAUAAUACUCUCAGAAAGACAAUCUGUUUCUUUAGAUUUCCAAAGGACCCGGAAAGUUUUAAAUUUGCCGCUAUGAGUAACACCAACAAAAUGGCUGAAGGUUAUCCAAAUUGA